AUGGAACCCUCUCCCGACCAGAGUCACACCCUUCCCCGAUCACCCCGUUUCACCCAGCGGAUCAGAAAUGACCCGCCUCCCCCCUCAGCAAGUCCUGAAAUCGAUGAACAAGAACCAUUCAUGCAAUCACUAGUACAUCCAGUUCUCCCCGAUCAUCCGGUAGACCCCGUCAUCAACAAUCAAAACCGAUACCUCCCUCCGUACAGUGACACUACCAGCAUUUCAACAGGGUCCUACUAUCGAGGCACACAUGGAGCGCAAGAGUUUGAGUUGUCGGAGGGGAUAAAUCCGGAUGCAAUAUCAACCGUAUCAAAGCGAUGGGCUUUACGACAGAAACCAGCCUUGAGUACACUACGUCGAUACCCGACCCGCCGAAUCAAGUUGGUCAAAGGGACAGUUUUGAGUGUCGACUAUCCGGUCCCAAGCGCGAUUCAAAACGCCAUCGAACCAAAGUAUCGGGAUUUGGAAGGAGGGCAAAACGAGGAAUUUACGCAUAUGCGAUACACUGCAGCCACCUGCGAUCCGGAUGAAUUCACCCUUGAUCAUGGUUACAAUCUUCGGCCAUCCAUGUAUAAUCGGCACACUGAGAUGCUAAUCGCCAUCACCUACUACAACGAGGAUAAAGUCCUCACGGCACGAACUCUACAUGGAGUGAUGCAAAAUGUCCGCGAUAUUGUCAACCUCAAAAAGACCGAGUUCUGGAACAAGGGUGGACCGGCAUGGCAAAAGAUUGUCGUAUGUCUCGUAUUCGAUGGCAUCAAACCGUGCGACAAGAACACCCUUGACCUCCUUGCCACGGUUGGAAUCUACCAAGACGGAGUGAUGAAACAUGAUCUCGAUGGAAGAGAGACAGUGGCGCACAUCUUCGAAUAUACGACUCAACUCUCGGUUACGCCUUCUCAGAAACUCAUCCGCCCCCGCGAAAAUGACCCUACGAAUCUACCCCCAGUACAGAUGAUUUUUUGUCUCAAACAAAAGAACAGCAAGAAAAUCAACUCCCAUCGUUGGCUUUUUAAUGCCUUUGGGAGGAUUUUAAUGCCCGAAGUAUGCAUUUUGAUUGACGCUGGAACAAAACCUGGUUAUAAAUCCCUGUUGACCCUAUGGGAGGCAUUUUACAAUGAUAAAGACCUUGGUGGCGCAUGCGGUGAAAUCCAUGCGCUUCUUGGCCGUGGAUGGAAAAAGGUCUUGAAUCCGAUCGUCGCAGCACAAAACUUCGAAUAUAAGAUUUCCAAUAUCUUAGACAAGCCGCUUGAAAGCAGUUUCGGCUACGUGAGUGUAUUGCCAGGAGCAUUCUCUGCGUAUCGAUUUCAUGCAAUUUCUGGACGCCCUCUCGAGCAGUACUUUCAUGGUGACCAUACGCUUUCCCAGAGACUGGGAAAGAAGGGGAUUGAGGGAAUGAACAUUUUCAAGAAAAACAUGUUCCUAGCAGAAGACCGCAUUCUAUGCUUCGAGCUAGUAGCCAAGGCAGGCAGCCGAUGGAAGCUGACCUAUGUGAAAGCGUCGAAGGGAGAGACAGACGUACCAGAGAGCCCUCCUGAGUUUCUUUCUCAGAGACGGCGUUGGUUGAAUGGGUCUUUCGCGGCUGGACUCUAUGCAAUGAUGCACUUCAAUCGAAUAUACCGAAGCGGUCACAGUAUUUUCCGGAUGUUCUUCCUCCACAUCCAGUUCGUCUAUAAUGUUUGCCAGCUCAUCAUGACAUGGUUCGCGCUUGCCUCAUACUGGCUAACAACAUCCGUCAUCAUGGAUAUCGUUGGCAUACCAAGUGCGGUGAACCAUUACAAGUCAUGGCCGUUUGGACCGGAGAUAUCACCUAUCUUCAACACGUUCCUUAAAUUCGGUUAUUUGGCGUUCCUAAUGCUUCAAUUCAUCCUCGCACUUGGCAAUCGUCCUAAGGGAUCCAAAAUCCCUUAUACACUCUCUUUGAUCUACUUUUCAAUCGUGCAGUUUUAUAUUUUGGUGCUUUCCUUCUACCUCGUUGCACAGGCCCUCACCCCGGAGAACCUCAGCUUCAACUUCCAUAAAGGCAUCGGAAACUUUUUGGCCCAGUUCGUCUCUUCCACAGGGGGUGUUGUCCUCGUGGCGCUGAUCUCCACGUAUGGGAUCUAUUUCAUUGCCAGCUUUCUGUAUUGGGAUCCCUGGCAUAUGUUUACCUCGUCCUGGGCCUAUUUUCUCGGAAUGCCCUCAUCUAUCAACAUCUUGAUGGUCUACGCAUUUUGCAAUUGGCACGACGUUUCCUGGGGCACGAAAGGAUCCGAUAAGGCAGAUGCACUGCCAUCGGCACAGACCAAAACAGACGCUCAAGCAUCGUUCGUUGAAGAGCUGGACAAGCCCCAGGCAGAUAUUGACGUUCAAUUCGAGCAGACUGUCCGACGGGCCCUUGCCCCGAUGCGCCAAUCGGAAGCCAGCGAUGAAGCCAGUCUGGAAGAUUCAUACAAAGCCUUCCGAACAAACUUAGUCCUGCUAUGGACUUUUAGCAAUGGCUUAUUGGCGCUAUGCAUCAACAAUGACGGCAUCAAACAGCUUUGUCUAACCGUAAGUUCCUACGCCCCAUAUGGAGCCCAAAGCACAGAGGCUAAUAGUUGA